AUCUCCUUCAAGUCCCGGCCAUGGUGUAUGGAACGCGCCCAGAUGCAGUCUUCAGCGCGAUACGGGAUGUCAGUCUACCCAUGUUACUAGGCUCCAGCCUGAUGAUGUGGUGGGUGCUCAUCGCAGCCGAUGGACUCUUCGCACGUCCAGGCGCAGACCGCGCGGACUACGUGGACACCGUAGCUGGCAGGAAAGGCCAGGCAUAUCGACUACUAAAGUACUCGCUCAGCCAGAAUGCAGGGAAAGUCACCGACGAUAUCCUGGCCGGGAUUAUUAUGGCUGCGGUUACCGAGGCGCGGCUUUCGGACCCGAUGGCCUGCCAGGCACAUUUGAAGGGGUAUGAGGCGGCGAUUCAGGCGAGAGGGGGUCUUAAGAGGAGCUUGAUGGAUUGUCAGAUUCCGGCGUCCAGAUUGGCGCAUCUGAUGCCGUAUAUUGUUUGUGAACCCCUGCCUGCUGCGGAGGAAGCUCUUGAGGAGGAACAGGUGCGGCGGUUUAUUGGGUUUUUGAUCUCGACGAUGAAUGAUGCACCGAGGGUGGAGGCCGUAUCACCGCAGGCUGGACUUGCGCAGUUGAAUAGCAUGGCGGUGGGACUGGGGGUAUUGCGCAGUGGGCUGAGGUUCUACCUGCGACCAGAAGAACGGAAAGUACCACGAUUCCCAGAUGAAGUGGCGUUAUUUCUGGCGUUGUUCCUAGUUACGCGGACGCUGUGGGCCCUCCGCGAAUCGGCCAAGGAUAGCCAGCUAUUCAUGUCGCGGCUGAACGCUUUCUUCGAAGCCAGCACUGGAUUUGACACGCGGACAGGACGGCCGCUUCUGACUGAGCAGGGCAUGGUGUGUGUUGUUGUCAAGGUUGUCCAGAAUAUACCGGAGGCGCCGCACAGCUCUGGCGAGAUACCAACUCUGAUACGUUGUGUUGAAGCGAUUAAGCUCUACCGUACUAUGACUCUACGGAGUGCACGAGAUCGUGCGAGGGUUAUUCUUUGUCGGAUAUUGUCGGGGUACGACUUUUGAUGAGACCUCCAAUUCAUUGCAUAUAUUGGAAAAACGAAGGAAAAUCAGAUUGUCUCGUCCCAAUCGACAGUCAGGUCCUCCCGAAUAGUUACCUGCGUCGUCCAGCUUUCACGGUUCUGCGCGAAGAGCAGCCAUGCCUGUUCCGCAACGAGUGUCGGCGAGAUAAGUGCGUUGUCAGACAUAGCACCACCGACCACGACUAGACCAAUGUGUAUCCCGAGGUGGGUAUAGGUCUUCUCCAGCGACUUGACCAUGUUGGCCUGCGCGGCUUUGGCCAUGGACAGGGAGAAGAGCUGUGGGAUCGGGUCGACGGGUAGAGCGCUGCUGGUUACCAGAAACGAAGGCUUCCAGUCGGGCAGUGCCCGGGACUUGUCGAGUAGGAUGGGCAUUGCCCACCGCGCUGUUACAUAUAGAGCGAGGUUGGUUACCUG